AUGUUCGUUUUCUCACCGGGGAGUCUCGUGACCAAUGCUCGAAUCACAAGUAUUGUCGACCAAAUUUCUUCGUUGACUUUAAUUGAAACUGCUGAACUUGUGCAAUCGUUAAAAACUCGCUUGAAUAUUCAAGACGUGGCUUUACCCACUGUUAGCAACGUUGCCAAUGUCGCGGUUCCAGCAAGCGAAGCUACCACUCCAGUUGAAGAGGCGAAGGCACCCGAAAAGACUGCAUUUACUGUAAAACUGGAAAAAUAUAAUGCAGAUGCCAAGACAAAGAUAAUUCGUGAAAUGAAGAAUAUUUUACCGGGUACAAACCUUGUUGAGGCCAAAAAAUUUGUUGAAAGUGUACCUAAGACCAUUAAAGAAAAUGUUACCAAAGAAGAAGCUGAAAAGAUCAAAAAGACUUUAGAAGGAUUUGGUGCAACUGUUAUAUUAGAAUAA